GCAACACCCUCAUUGAUUUUAGAUUAACGAGUACAUAUAAAAUAACAUAUUCAUAUUAAACAAUAUGAAUAUUACUUAAAACUCUUAAGAUAUGAAUUUUUGAAAACCUGAUAACAAUCAUCUUGUACACUUAUCAAGCAUAUUGCAAUCUUUAAAAUGACAAGUAAGAAUGUAAUACUUGUUACUGGAGGAGAGGGUCUUGUCGGUAGUGCAAUAAAGUUUGUCUUAGAUAAUGGCGAGACAAGAACUGAAGAAGAAUGGGUGUUUACGUCUUCUAAAGAGUGUGAUCUCACGAAAUUGACGGAUACAAACAAAUUAUUCGAAAAAGUUAAACCUACGCAUGUAAUCCACUUAGCUGCAAAGAUUGGAGGGCUUUAUGGCAAUCUUGAAAAUAGCCUGCAAUACUUUAGAACAAACAUCAUUAUAAAUGAUAAUGUAUUAGCUGUAAGUCAUAAUUUUGGAGUGAAGAAAGUUGUGUCAUGCCUGUCGACUUGUAUAUUUCCUGACCGCGUUUCAUACCCAAUCGACGAAAAAAUGAUUCAUGAUGGGCCUCCGCAUGAUUCUAAUUUUGGAUAUUCAUAUGCUAAAAGGAUGAUCGACGUCUUGAACAAAUGUUACAACAAAACCUAUGGUGACAUAUUUACUUCCGUGGUACCUACAAAUGUGUUCGGACCGCAUGAUAAUUUUAACGUUGAGAAUGGGCAUGUUUUAGGUGGACUUAUCCAUAAAGCGUUCUGCGCUAAACGGGACAAUACCGACUUUGUCGUAUGGGGCACGGGUUCACCGCUAAGACAGUUCCUUUAUUCAAGAGACCUUGCUCGUCUUAUGAUAUGGGUUCUACGCAGUUAUGAAGAAAUAGAGCCUAUCAUUAUUUCAGUCAAUGUCGAAGAUGAAAUAAGCAUUAAGGAAGCUGCUGAGAUUGUCGUUAAAGCAAUAGGAUUUAAAGGGAAUGUUAUUUAUGAUACAAAUAAAUUAGAUGGUCAAUUCAGAAAGACAGCGUCGAACCGUAAGCUGAAAACAUAUCUUCCAAAUCUGAAAUUUACUCAAUUUGAAGACGCAAUCAAAGAGACUGUAGAUUGGUAUAUGAAACAUUUUGAAGAAGCGAGGAAGUAAUCAAGGUGUUACUCACCCUCAUACUAGGAGCUGGGAAUAUUAAAUUCGAGUGACUGUAUAAUUGAAAGCAACUGUAUUUUAUAGUAAUUUAUCAUUAUGAUCAUUAAUACAAUCCGAUGAACACAUUGAUUUCAGUCAGUAUAAGUAGCUGUAUAUAAUAAUUAUUCGCGGGAGUACUUGUAUAGUCACCGACAAUCCUAUUUGCUGUAUCUUAUAGCCAAAUAAUUUUUAAUUGGAUACUAAUUAAUGAAUAUGAUAAAGGAUACGAGUCUUGCAUCUGAUCAAUUUUUACCUUGUAUAAGAUUAAAGGCAUAUAAUACUGAAAAUCGUUAAUUUCAGAUAGGUCAGUAAAUGUAGGUUUUUUAUAAGAUGCGUAAACAUUUUAUGUCAUAGCUAAUAUAUUAAAUUAUUUAUUUUAAAGCUUAAUAUGACAAGUAAAAUGAAGAACAAACAUGUCUUUCUUUACUUUUUUCAACUAUAGUCUCUGAAUAAACUCUAAUAGUUAAAUCAUUAGUGAAUGUGUAACCCCUUAGAAUUUAGAGACUUACGUUAAGGAAGGCAAAUUGUAGUUAAUCAUAAACAAGAAAUGAACGCGAGAUCUGAUAUCCAUCAGAGUACUUUAAUAAAAUUUAAUUCAGUUUACACUAAACAUGCAAUAAUUACUUAUUAACGUUACUCUACAAGGGUGUUUCGUCACCAGUACAAUAUUUGCAAAUGGUACAUGAUUUAAGGUUGAAAACAUUUUGAGCAAUAACUUAGCGGUUUCAAAUCAUACACGUUUUUGGUCAUCUGUCGAUAUAUGGGACAUCCAUCUAGCAGAAAAAAACGCUUGAAAAUGAAUCACUUAUCGUGUACCUACCAAUAUUUUUUCCCUGAUUUUCCAGAAAUGCGUCGUAAAUGUAACAGGUUCAGUUUGAUUACGAUUAGAUUAACAC